AGACGGUUUGUGCGGAAAGCGGGGACGCGGUCACUCACGGAGACGGGGUUCUGCUGCUUACCUAGAGCUGCAUUCCUAACGGUUAUCAGUUCUUCAACAAUCUUGCUGCAAAAUGGCAAAUGCUGACGCCCAGGUGAAAGACAUCCAGGUGAAAGAAAUUGAUAAACGCUCUUCAGGACAGGCUUUUGAAUUGAUUCUGAAUCCAACUGGAGGUGAAGCCAUUCCAGAAUUUCCCCUUUCUCCUCCCAAGAAGAAGGAUCUCUCGCUAGAAGAAAUCCAGAGAAAGCUGGAAGCAGCUGAGAUCAGGCGAAAGUCACAUGAAGCAGAAGUGCUGAAGCAGCUGGCUGAAAAACGAGAGCAUGAAAAGGAGGUGCUUCAGAAAGCAAUUGAAGAGAAUAACAACUUUAGCAAGAUGGCAGAAGAGAAACUGACUACCAAGAUGGAAGCCAAUAAAGAGAAUCGUGAAGCCCAGCUAGCUGCUAAACUGGAGCGCCUGCGAGAGAAGGAGAAACGUCUGGAAGAAGUGAGGAAGAGCAAAGAGAUCAAAGAGACUGAAGGCUAGGGCCUCAUCUUCUCUACAUGUUUGGAAUUUGAGGGUUUUUUCAACCAUCCAAAGAUGUUUUUUUGUUACUUUAUGGCCAACGUGUUGAAUUCAAACCUUUGUAAUGCUAUAAAAUGUGCAGCUAAGAACAUAAAAAAAGCUGAGCAGGAGAAAUAGGGAAAGCUUGUUUGUAUGUUUCACUUUUUGUAAACCUUCUUAUGGUCUUUUCUGAUGUAGAUAAUGGCAGCUGUUACUUUUCUAUUUGUAGUGCAUUCAAUGGGCAUUGCUGGUUGCAGGUUAGUUUCCCGGUUAAAAUAAAUGUGAAUUAUGUAAUUACUAGCAUGCUUUCUGCAGUAAUCUGCUGUCACGUGCGAAUUGUUACACUCCAUACCAGUAUGUAGCUUUGCAAACCUGCCUAACCUCUUGUACCUGUCUUGACUUCCAAUAAAACUGCACAAAUU